AUGGCGCCCGUAGUGUGUCAAAAGGCCGAUUCUAUCCCUGAAGAGUUCAUCACGGCAACUGUGCUCGUUCGCCAACUUUGGAGGAUUGAGAUGUUUGGGGAGGGCUUUCCCUUCAACCAGCUAUCACCAUCGCCUACGAAAUGGCGUGUAUACCCUUCGGCUACGAUCAAAGUGUUUUUAGCGGCGUUGUUGGCAACCAACACUUCCUGGAUGCAACACACCAUCCUAGCGAUAGUCGAAUGGAAGUUCUCGUCGGCGUAUGCACCCUGGGCCGUUAUGCCGGGUGUAUCCUGA